UCGGACGAGACACAGAACACACACACACACACACACACACACACACACUACCAGUCCAACAAUAACAACCAGAAAAACAGAAAAACAGCAAACAUCUGAUCUUCAGAUCAUCCUCCACGACGAACGAGUGGCAUGGCUGCGUCUGCGUCGUCUGCGGUGGCUCGCCGCGUCAUCGCCGCCGCAUCGCACGGAGGCCAAGAGGGAGGAGCUAAGACGUGGCGGAUCCUGACCUUCGUGCUGGCGUUACCGGGCGUGGCGGUGUGCAUGGUGAACGCUUACCUGAAGAUGAACGCUCACUCUCACGAGCCGCCCACGUUCGUCCCGUAUCCUCAUCUGCGCAUCCGCACCAAGCCUUGGCCGUGGGGUGACGGAAACCACUCGCUGUUCCACAACUCCCAUGCCAACCCUCUGCCCACCGGAUACGAGCACUCACAUCACCACUGAGCGCCACCCGGAGGCCGCGCGUGGCCAGCGCAACCUAAAACCACUGCAUCAGAACCAAAGUGUAACAGUGACUGAAAUAAACAACAUAAACACAA